CUCCUGGAAGCGCAUGACCCCGCCACGAAUCUUCUCACAUAUAGCAUAGCUCGCCAAUACUGGGAAAAGAGGAGACACAACUUACAUAAGCAACUCGCUACCAAUCAGAUUUUGUUUGGUGUCUUUUUCCACUGCAAAACUAGGCCUAUAUUUGACUCAACUGAACUUUCACAUCACUCUGUAGGCGCACGGUGACCGUGGUGCGUAAAAGGACAUUUCAAGCGCGUUUUGCUUCAUCGCAGGCUACGGUCUCUUUAUUUGAACACGCACCAGGCAGUUGGAAUGAUAUGACCAUUGGCCAUGUCUAUUUAGCAAAUUUAGACUAUUUUGUUUGUUGACAAAGUCUGAGAACAACGAAAUAUGUUCCCUCUGCCUAUGUUCACCCCGGAGCAAGUGGCUCGGGUGUGCGAGAACCUCGAGGAGACCGGCGACAUCGAGCGCCUUGGGCGGUUCUUAUGGUCCCUGCCUGCCGCUGUCCCUGGCUCCGCGGGGGAGGCGCUCAACCGCCACGAGUCAGUGAUGCGCGCCAGGGCGCUGGUUGCCUUCCACGGAGGAAACUUCGAGGCGCUUUACCAGAUCCUCCAGAGCCACCGCUUUACGCGCGAGUCUCACGCCAAGCUCCAAGAUCUGUGGCUGGAUGCGCACUACCGCGAGGCGGAGCGGCUCCGGGGCCGUGCCCUGGGACCCGUGGAGAAGUACCGCAUCCGCAAGAAGUUCCCCCUGCCUCGCACCAUCUGGGACGGCGAACAGAAGACGCACUGCUUUAAGGUGAGACACCAAGCUGAGAGAACUCGCAGCCUGCUCAGAGAGUGGUACCUCCAGGACCCGUACCCAAACCCAUCCAGGAAACGGCACCUGGCCCAGGCCACGGGACUCACGCCCACACAGGUCGGCAACUGGUUCAAGAACCGACGCCAGAGAGACAGGGCUGCAUCGGCAAAGAACAUACUGCAGCAGGACCCCACCCACCUGCCUUCCGGAAGCUCCCCUGAGGGUCCUGCCCAGGAGCAUCACGCCCACCACCCCCGCCUGCUGGCCGCCUCCCCGCGUCACCCGGGCAGCCCAGAGGCCAGCGACUGCAGCACGAGCACCGACCGCCGGGGCACUGGCACCUCCACCCCAGACAACUCCGUUAGCAGCGACAGCGAGUUCGAAUCCUGAGGGUCGGGUCACUGACCACAGCAAGAGAGAGGCUCUCAUUGGUUAAAUCCUGAAGAGAGAGGCUGUGAUCAGUUCUCAGCCAGGAAGGCCUGACCCCACAGAUAUAUAGAGACAAUAGACACUGUAGAACUACUAUGUCUGUAGCUUGAGAUUGGACACUUGGACAGGAAGUUCUCUAUGAGAGACUUGAUAUGGACACUUGAUGUGGUUGCUAGUGGACGAAUGGGGAGGGGUGGGGGAUUGGGGA